GGCUGUUGCAGUGACGCUUUUGGGUCUUGUGACACGCGGAGUGACAGUGUGGUUGGUACUAUCGGAGAUUCCGGGCUUUGCGGGGAAACCGGUCAAAAGGGAUGGGUCAGGAAGCAUGUAAGGCGGCCUGGCCUAAACCAUCAGGAGGUUAUCAAACCACCACAGGGCGAAGGUAUGGUAGGAGACAUGCCUAUGUCAGCUUUCGACCUUCUUUGGAGAGUCCAAACAGAAUAUCAAGUCAUGAAAACAGAGAAUGUGAAGGAUUGGAACUAGACGAUGUUCAGCAAGAAAGCCAUUUAUUUUUUUCUGACAACCUGGAUUCAUCAAAAUGCUCCAUGCCUAGAGUUUUAACUGCUGAUUUGCACCAAGAGAACCUAAAACCAGACAUUAAUGGCAUUUUGCCUGUGGAUGCCGUCUGUGAAAAUAAUGGGUUGUUGCAUUUUUCCGUAUCAAAGUAUACAAAAGCCAAUUCAUCAGUAGGCAACAAUAUUGACUUCAAUAAACAGACUAAAACAAUUAUUGGUCAUGCUUCAGUGGAGGAUACUCAUAUUCCCCGUCAAAAUAGCAUUUCAUUUGUAAAUAUUGAUUCUUUUGAGCCAGAUAGCAGCGAAGGAGAAGAAACGGGUUGUCUUACUGAUGAUUUUUCAUUAACAGAAAAAGCAGGUAAACUACGAAAGACUUUGGACAGCAUGCUAACCGAACUAGAGAAAGAGGUUGAAACUCUUAAUGACACAUCUUAUGACAUGUCUAGCUUAAACCACACUUGUAAUAAUGACAAUGUGUCACAGAUGUGGCCUGUAUGUUUAGCGAAACAUUCCAAUGUAGAUCUAGGCACUAUGCAAAACAGAUCUGAUUUGUCGGUUUUGGAGGAUGAAGCCACAGAAAUCUCCACACUGGGUCUUUGUGAACAAAAGAAAAAUAAAAUUGAUGUGGCUCUAAAAAACACUGUAGGAAAUUGUCACAGUAUAAAUACAGAUAUAAAAACAGACCAAAGGAAUGUGACUGAACCUGUUGUGAGACCUAAAGUUAGAAAGCAAGAUGAAAGGAAGGAUACCACACACACUAGAAGUAUUCCCUGGGAAUCCCAAGUGAAUGCUGAGAAGAACAAUAAAGAGGAAAUGACUCAGGAUGAUACGUUUUUUGAUCCACUAAGUUUUGAAAGUGCUCAGAAGAAGGUUAAAAGCAAUAACAAAGAAUGGGAUCAUGCUUUUUUGCCAGAUGAUAAACCAGAAAUGGAGGAAAUAUUUUGGGAGGAUAUUGAUGUUUAUGGCAUGAUGCUGUCCAGCUCUAAUAAAGAGGAUGACAGUUCUGAUUGCAGUGAUGGGGAAUGGUCUACGUGUUUGCCAUCCUAUUUUUCGGCAGACAAAGAUCAGUCUUCUAGUGAUGAGAGUUGGGAGACACUUCCUGGAAAAGAAGAACAUGAAAUCCAGAGUAACAGUAGCAGUUUAGAAGAAGAGCAUUCAGAUUUCUGUUUCCAAGUAGAGGAGCAGACUUCACUAGAGGAAGGUGAAGUUCCAUGGCUGCAAUACCAUGAGGAUAUUGAAAGCAGCACAGAUGAGGAAAAUGAAAUGGGCAGCCAGUUUGUGCAUCCAGGAUUUUUCAUGCUAGAUGGAAAUAACAAUUUAGAGGAUGACUCAAGUAUGAGUGAAGAUUUAGAAGUUGAAUGGAGAAUGCUGGAUGACUUUGGUGAUGGAUUAGGUGUGGCUCAAGCUAUACCAUAUGUAGAUCCUCAUUUUCUUACAUAUAUGGCUCUUGAAGAACGUCUUGCUCAGGCAAUGGAGAAUGCUUUGGCACAUCUAGAAUCUCUUACAGUCGAUGUAGAGCAAGCCCACCCACCAGCUAGUAAAGAAAGUAUAGACUGCCUGCCACAAAUUGUUCUAACAGAUGAGCACAAUGUUGUAGGUCAAGAACAGUGUUGUGCCAUAUGCUGCAGCGAGUAUAUAAAAGAUGAAAUAUUAACAGAGCUGCCUUGCCGCCAUCUUUUUCAUAAGCCUUGUGUAACACUUUGGUUACAAAAA